AUGUAUAUGAACGUCGUCAAGUCCACCAAGCACAGGAGGAGGAACAAGGGGGACAAUGACGAGGGGCGGCGGUCGGUCCACAACUCCCUGGAACGGCAGAGGAGAGUCGACCUGCGGAAUGCCUUUGAGACUCUCCGCCAGCUGGUCCCGGACACCAAGAUCCAGGAGAAGGCCCCUAAAGUGCAGAUUCUGAAGAAGGCAGCCCUCCAUUGCAAAAACCUCCAGCAGGCAGAGCUCCGACUGCUGCGGGAGAAGGAGAAGCUUAAGAGACAACUGCAGGAGCUUGAGCAGAGGAAAGCUUUGUGUUGUGGUACCUCCAGUUGAGCUUAAGCCUCAGAAUUCUACAUAUUUCCUGUUUAUUUUUAAGUUUGUUUGUGUUUCCUCUCGGUUUUUAUAAUUUUUUUUACUCUACGCUCUUUGUUCUUUAUUUUUCUUGUCUGUGCAUCCCAGCGUUCCUCUUCUUCCUCCUCGUCGCUUCUUCCUCUUGUUUGUACAGUUAGUGAUAAGGCUAAAUGAUUUUCUAUAGUGAGUGUGUAUAUAAUAAUUAUCCGAUUACUAGGAACUAUUUCUAUUACUACUACUACUACUACUACUACUACUAUGAGGGGAGCAUUCAUUGUAAUAUUACUAGCCUGUUACUUGAGCGUUUGUGUGUACAUGUGUCUGUAAGUGUGUGUGCGUGUGUGUGUUUACUCCUAGUGCCUGACAUGGAGUCGCCAAAAAGGACCCUAGGAAGGAAAAAAAGGAAUUAUUAUUAUUUUUUAUUGAGUUUUGGCGACUGAUGCUUUAAUUAACUACGGCUAAAAAGAAAAUGAGAGAUUUUUUUGUACUGUUUUGAGAGAGAGACUGAGAGAGAAAGGGAGAAGAAAGGAUAAUGUUGAUGUUUUCUGAUAAAUUUUAAAAAGUUGGGACUUUGAAAAGGAACAGAAAUUUACAAGUAGAAUUGUGGGAAGAAGUUGGGAAGAGAAGUUAAAUUUUAUCUGAAUAUUAUUACUGUUUAUCUGAGUUACUUGUGAUGGAAUUCAAUGAGAGGGAGAGGGAGAGAGAGAGAGUGAAAAUAGAUGAUAAUUAGCUAAUCUUGUUUCAUAUCAUUUAAUUUUUUGAUGGUGAAAUAAUCUUGUUGAAGCAUCAAAAUUAUUAUUAUUAUUAUUAUUAUUAUUAUUAUUAUUAUUAUUAUUAUUAUUAUUAUUAUUAUUACUGAUGCUGGUGACGAUUGGUGGUGGAAAGAACAGACUGAUUUUCUUUCCUUUUUCAUUAUCAUUAAUAUUUUAUCUUUUCUAUCUUUAUUGAGGAGGCGUUGUGGUGGUGGUGGUGGUGGUGGUGGUGCAGAUAUAGAGAGGAGAGGCUUGUGUGUUUUCUCUUAUUAUUAUUAUCAUCAUUAUUACUUUUUCUAUCUAUAUUCAUGUGGAGGAGUCUUUUUUUGCUUAGUUUCUACUGCAGGAAUUAUACCAAAGUGCACCGCUGCGUGUGGUGGGGCGCCUGUGUUCCUCGGAGAGAGAGAGAGAGAGAGAGAGAGAGAGAGAGAGAGGGGUGAGAGAGAGAGAGAGAGAGGGAGAGAGAGAGAGAGAGAGAGAGAGAGAGAGAGAGAGAGAGAGAGAGAGAGAUGCGUAGGAUGUCGGUAACACCUGUGCUUUACCGAGACACAGAAAAUGAUGAAAAAAAAAAUGAUAACUCAGUUGUAUGUUCCUUAAGUUAUAUAUUAUAUAAAUAUAUAUUAUAUCUAUAUUGCUUGCCAUGAUCUUAGGAUACUGUGUGCUGAGAGAGAGAGAGAGAGAGAGAGAGAGAGAGAGAGAGAGAGAGAGAGCUUGUGUGAGGCUUGGAGGCUGUUUUAGACUGGUGGGGAGUGACAGACAGACAGACAGACAGGCCACACACUAAACUGCCUUAACAAUACAUCAUUUUAACCAUGCAGAGCCAGUGUCUGACAGACAGACAGGCAGUAAAGGAGGCUGUGGUGGGGAGUGACAGACAGACAGACAAACAGACCAUAUACCAGACUAACUUAGCAAUGCAAGACACAGAGACAGACACCUGAAGUAACAAUGCAAUGAUAAACAGACAGACAGACAGACACACAGCCUUAACCUUUUUGAGUAAUGAAGUAUCAAUGCAGUGUUUUGAGGAGCAGUGACAGACAGACAGACAGACAGACAGACAGACAGACAGACAGUAACUCACACUUAGGUCACUUCUUUGCCGCAGUGAGCUCAUUCACAGGUCAGCCCAGGAGAGGAGAGGUAGAAAGUGAAGAUUUUGUAGGAAGAAAGAUAAAGUUUUAUCCCAAUCCAACACACCCAGACCUAGCUUAACCAGACCCAACCCAGUAUUCAGAGCAGGCACAAAGUCAUGACCUAACUUAACCUAACACAGUAUUCAAGGCAGGCAGAAAGUUAAGAUUUUGUUAGAAGGAAGUUAAAAUUUGAUCCCAACCCAACCCAGACCAGACCUAACCUGACUUAACACAGUAUUCAAGACAAGCAGAAAAUUAAAAUAUUGUUAAGGGACACUUAAAUUUUAUUGCAACACAGACCAGACCAGACCUAACCCAACCUAACCUAACCAGACCUAACCUAAUAUUCGAGGCACAAGAAAGUUGACGUUUUGAAGGUGUACAAGUCAAGAUUCCUAUGGUAACCCAACAGCCAGACAAGACCAGAACCUCUCCUCUCCCCGCCCCCACCUCCCUAGCGUGCAUGCCAGCAGCCUCCCAGCCUCCCAGUGUGCACGAGAAGACCCGUACCUGUGUGUGCGUGUAUGUAUGUGUGCGCGUGUGUCUGGUCCCUACUUCCAUGAUUCUCAUUCGUCUAAUGGCAGACAAAAAAAAAAAAAAGACAGAGGUUGUGGGUGUGUUUGUACGUGUGUGCUUGUGUGCGCGUGUGUUUGUAGUGAAGAUAGCGCUGCAUUGGUGCUUUAAGGAGACUUGGGCUGCUGUGUUGAGGCCUACAAGAGACAGUUAGGCCUAUCCUCCUCCCUUUUGAUAAUGUUUUGAUAACUUUAUAUAUAUACCUUUAGGCGAGGAAGCCUAGCCAAGCCUUGUACUGUAUGUAUGCCCGUGUUCAAACCUGUGUGUUUUGUACCUACUGUUUUCUUGAAGCUUGGUUGCCAUAUAUAUGUGUAUAGAGAGAGUGUGCAUGUGUGUGUGUGUGUGUGUGUAUGUGUGUGUGUGUGUCUGUAACUUUUUGUACUUAAUGCAUAAGAUUUAGUGUACAGCAGUGCCUGAUCCUCUCCUUAAGCACAUCACAUGCAGAAUAAUGCUCAACGUAAUUAGUUUGAAGGAUAAAUAGUGAAUACAUAAUGUUGAUAUAGAGGUAGAUAACAAAACAACCCAUUUGCUACACCAUUUUGUAUGUUGCCUGGCUGGCUGUCACGAGGCCUUCUGACCCCCUCCUGCCCAUUGCUCACUUUUGUACUUACUGCUGCUGCUGCUGCUGCUGCUGCUGCUGCAACGAACAGUUAGCCGCCACCUGCUGUGGACAACCCUAAAACAUUGGUGAUGUUGACAGGAAGCAUUGUUUGUCUGUUGCUGCACCCUGACAGUCGUCAAGGCAGAAUCAAAAUGAGAGAUUGUACGUGCGUGUGUUUGUGUGUUUGUGUGUGGGUGUGUGAACCUUUGUCAGAGGAAAUAUUGAAAGGUUUAAUUCAUUCACACACUUGUAACUUAAAUAUAUCAUGAACUUAACUAUUUAACAUCAGGAAAACUGAUUAUACUGUUAAAAUUAUAACUUAAUGAUACAAAAUCUAUUCACAUUUAUAAUGUAAACUAAAUUUAAUUAAGUAAUUGAUGAUUUCAAGAGGGCCUGUGCUGUGCUGAGGGCCCUGUACCCUGUAACUGUACCCUGCCUCCUGCCAGUGGCCUCUCUCCACCCACCCCACCCUGCCAGGCCUACAGGAGGGCAAGCCUGCACCCACAUUAGCACAGGCUGUGCAGGCAGGCAGGAUAUACGUAAAAAUAUACAGAGAGAUGGCCACAUGCAGGGACAGAGGCAUGUACACACGCACCUACACACACACACAUACACACGUAUAUCCAGAAUAUGUAGUGUAAAUAAAUAGGAAUUUGUACUUUUACAGAUUUUUUCACAUACAUAAGCUCGAUUAUUUUUUUUCAAUAUUUUUUUAUUUUAUUUUACUUUGUUUUUUAUUUAUUUAUUUUUUUAUAUAUAUUUUUUUUUUGUCCGGACGUUGUGUUUUGCUGGCGGGGUGUGCCGCCCCGCCCCGCCAGUCCCCCACACCCCCAUUUGCCCUGGGUCUCCGUGCACACCAGCUGAGUUUGAUGCUGAACAGAAACAAGAAAAUGAAAAAAAAAAUGAGAGAAAAAAAGUAAAAAAAAUGAAAUAUAGAUCUAUUUUUUCACAUUUUCAGCGUACGUAGCGUUAGUUUAGGCGUGUUUGGAAGCGUUUGGACUUGCAACGUGCACGGUGGCUCACUCACUCUUUCUAUAAUGAAUGUACAAAUUUUUGGGCCUGUUUUGUAUCAUGUAAGGUCAAAAUUUAUAGUUAUGCAUACAUACAUACUAUUAUUAUUAUUAUUCAUUAUUGUAUUCAUUAUUCAUUAUUAUUGUUAUUGGUCCCCCUCCCUGUUUGUCCCAGUUCAAAGUGUGAUCAACCCAGUCUGUUAGGUCAAAAUUUACAGCCAUACAUACAUACAAACUGUUCACUAUUCACCAUUCCUGGUAUUGGUUCCCCUGUUUACCAUCCCAAGGUGAGAUCAAAACAAUAUUAUUACCUUUUAUUUUUAUUUUUAUCCCCUCACAUUUUAAGCUUUACCAAAUUGUCUCCCAUAGCAAGUGAGGAAAUUUGGACCCUUUCAAAGAUUCCUCGCUCCACUCACUCCAAUACAACACAAACAAGAAAACCUAACCAAAACAAACCUACCUGCCCCCCUGGCCCCCCUUCCCCCUUUUAUAAAUUUGUAAGAAUUGCCAUUUUUCAUAUCUUUAAGUCUGAAUAGGAAGAAGAAGAAGGAAAGAAAGAAAGAAAUGUUACUAUUUGGUUGAAUGGAAAAUUGUUUUAUGGAGAAAUUUAUCAAUCUUUUUAUUAUUUGAAGUCAUUUAUUAUUAUAGCAACAUGUUAUGAAAAUAAAUAUACCAGCUAUACAAUCCA